AUGUCCAACGUCCCAUCUGAAAUGAGUGCUUUGUACUACCACGAAGCUAGAAACUUCGAGGUCAAGAAGGUACCUGUACCUACCAUCGAUGACAAUGAGAUCCUCCUCAAAGUCGACAUCUGUGGUGUUUGCGGUACCGACCAACACAUCCACGAAGGUGAAUUCAUCUCCAAAUUCCCUUUGAUCCCAGGACACGAAGCUGUCGGCAAAGUCGUCGCUAUGGGUAAGAACGUCAAAGGAUUUGAAGUUGGUGAUCGAGUCGCUGCCGAUGUAGGAGAGACCUGUGGAUGGUGUCAUUACUGUCGAAAAGGUGAUGAACUGUUCUGUGAACAUUUCAGUCCUGCUGGUGUUGCUAGAGAUGGUGGUUUUGCCGAUUACAUCAAAUACCACUUUGCCAAAUGUUACAAGAUCAAGAACCUCUCUGACGAAGAGGCUACCCUCCUCGAACCCGCUUCAUGUGCCAUCCACGGUAUGGACAAGCUCAAGAUGCCCUUCGGUUCAAAGGUCCUCUUGAUCGGUGCUGGUCCAACCGGUUUGAUCUUGGCUCAGUUGAUGAAACUUGGUGGUGCCGCUCAUAUCACCAUUGCCGCUAACAAGGGUAUCAAGAUGGACAUUGCUCGAAAAGUCGAAGCUGCCGAUGCUUACAUCGAUCUCGACCGAAAGGACGCUGCCGCCCAAUGGGCGAAGAUCAAGGAGGAGAACCCCUACGGUUUCGAUGUCGUUGCUGAAUGUACCGGUGUUGAAUCGAUCGUUAACGAUGCUAUCAACUACGUUACUCGAGGUGGUACUCUUUUGGUGUACGGUGUGUACGAAGAUAAAGCCAGAUUACCUUCUUGGUCACCUACCGAUAUCUUCGUCAACGAAAAGAGAAUCAUCGGUUCUUUCUCCCAAACAUACUGUUUCCCUCGAGCUAUUGAGCUCUUGGAUUCAGGUAAAAUCAAAACUACCGGUAUGGUCACGGAUGUCUUUGAUUUGAAAGAUUACCAAAAAGCUCUUGAUAAGAUGGCUACUCGACAAGCCCUCAAGAUCGCCAUCAAACCUUAA